AUGCCUACCCUUUUUGAUUCCCAUGACGAGUUUAGCGAGUGGUUUUCCAAGGACAUCGAAAGCCAUGCCCAGAGUAAUACGAAAUUAAACGAGGAUCAACUGAAGCGGCUGCACAUGAUCCUGAAGCCGUUUAUGCUCCGUCGUAUCAAGAAGCAUGUCCAGAAGGAGCUUGGUGAUAAGGUGGAAAAAGAUGUUUUCUGUGACCUUACUUACCGCCAGCGCGCUUAUUACACCAACCUUCGAAAUCGAGUCAGCAUCAUGGAUCUUAUUGAGAAGGCGGCUAUUGGAGAUGAUUCGGAUAGUACAACACUGAUGAACUUGGUUAUGCAAUUCCGAAAAGUUUGUAAUCACCCUGAUCUGUUUGAGCGGGCCGAGACCGCUUCCCCGUUCGCUGCUGCAUAUUUCGCGGAAACGGCAUCUUUCCUGCGGGAAGGCCCUCUUAUCGACGUUGCAUAUUCAACACGAAAUAUUAUUGAAUAUGAUCUACCACGCCUCAUUUGUAGCUCACAUGGACGCCUCGAUGUUCCUGGUCCAGGAAAUGAAAGGGCUGGAUUCAACGGCAAAUAUCUCUCUCACAUGAUGAAUAUCUGGACACCGGAGAACAUCAGAGAAAGUGCGAAACAGGACCAGGCAUUCUCGUGGCUGCGGUUCGCUGACACCUCCGUUGGAGAGGCUUUCGAACUGUCCCGCCAGGGAGUGUUUGAGCGCGCAAUAAGGCGUCGCGGAUAUUCACAGCGUCUGUCCCGGCUUAUGGUCGUCUACGAUGAUAAAGAGAACGACCUCUCCGCAGCAGUCCCUUCUCAUAGCCUGUUUAACAUCGUGGAGCGGAGUGAUCGCCGGGCCUUGGCGGAAAUCACUCGGGAAGGACGCAUGAAUGAGUUGCUGAAUAUUUCCAGCAGAACGUUCCAAAAUGCAGGGUUGGGAUUGAUCGAGCCCUGUGCUAAGCCUGGGGCGUUAGCGCCUCCGAUCACCAUCUCGUGCUCUAACCAGUUCGUCAACGUUGAAAUCAGAGACACUUUGUUCAACCCAUCCGUCCAGCCCACGCUUUUGGAACCACCACGCGAGCCAUGGAUGCAGAG